AUGGUCUUAGAUCUUUAAGCAUUAAUGAUAAUCACUUUGGAAAAGUUAUUGAUUAUUUUUUUAUAUUAGGAUCCGUUUGGGAUACAAAUUAAUUAUUUAGUUCUUAGAGGAAUUUAAAAGCAUUAUUCAUCCCAUAAAGGUUUAAUGGAUUUAUAAAAAGAAUUUAGAGUAAAAUUUAAUGAAUACUGUUUAUAUUAAUUGGACAGAUAGAGGGUAUAUCUAAUAAUAUACUAAGAUAUUUAUUUGUACAUUAUAAUUAAAGAUAAGAUGGACUUGGAAGAGGACAUCAUCAGUUUAAAGGAUGGAAGAGUACAAUUACAUUAAUUAUCCAUAGAAUUUAUGAUUGGCAUUGUUCUUGUUAUGCUAUUUUAGUUAAUUUGUUAUAAAUUGUUUUAUUGA